AUGGAAGCCGCGAAACUGGGUGCUCCGCGCCUGCUGCUCGCCGCCGCUGCUCUGGCGGGCGUGCUGGCGGUGCUGCUGCUCACGGACUACCCGUCGUCCCCAGCGGCAUCGCUGCAGGAGUGGUCUGCGGCGGCAGCCCUGCCCACCUCCCCCUUCUCCCCAACAACCCCCUCUACCCCUGACACGCAAACCCCGCCCUCCUGCCACGCGUGCCCUGCCUGCCCGCCCUACUCGGGCGCGUGGACUGCCUGUGCUGCCCCUGCCCCUCCCCCCGCCCAUGCGCAUGUGACAAGCGCGCCCGGGCAGGAGGAGGAAGAGGCGAGCAGCGGCGGCGGCAGGGAGGGGCAGCAGUCAGCACGGUACUCAGUGGCGUCGUGCCCGCUGCUGCCAGCGGACAUGGACUGCCGUGUGCCCGGCCGCCCUGCCACCAUGGCACGCUACGACCACCUGUGCUGGCGCCCCCAAGCGUGCCACCUGCCGCCCUUUGACCCCCUUGACUUCCUGCACCGGUUGCGCAACCGAGUGAUCGCGUUCAUAGGGGACUCCAUGGCGCAGCAGCAGUUCAUCUCCCUCAUUUGCCUCCUCCUCGGCCCCACAGGCGCUGCCGUUACCACCACCACCGCUCGGAAUACCACUGCCAACCCCGACACCACCGCCGCAAGUACUAGCAGCACCACUGUCACCGUCAUCAGCAGCAGCAGCAGCGGAGGCGACAGGAGGGAGCGCAGGGCCAGCACACGCAUCCUUCACCCCAUGUCGGAUCAGUACCGGUUGAGCUGGGAGGCAGGGUGGCAGGGGUGGAACGGUGCAGCUUACCGCGUGUUGCGAUUCAACGUCACCAUCCUGCACAAGUGGAGUACGUCGCUGUGCCACAUGGCAGUCAGCGAGUGGUCGAACGCAUCGCAGGUGCAUGCAGUGCAUCUGGACAGGCCGGACGAGUUCCUGCAGGCGUACCUGCCUCAGAUAGACCUCCUCGUGCUCAACACCGGCCCGCACUGGUCGCGGUGGGAGGUCACCGACUAUCACUGGCGCUUCCACGUGAGCAGCCAGCCCGUGAGCCCUGAGCAGCAGCGCAAUCUGGAGGCCAACCCUCUACUCGGUGCCUACACGGCCCUGCGCACCACCAUUGCCUGGAUCUUGAACCAUGGGCGAAGGGGUGGGGAGGGGGGGGGUGAGGAGGUGGGGAACAGGGAUGCGGCGGGAAAGGCUGGGAGUGGUGUGCACAGUGGGGAUAAAGGGGCACACCGUGGGGCUGGGAGUGAAGGCGUAGGUGGUGCUGGGAAUGGUGUUUCUGGGAACGAAUCCAAGGAGGCAGCUGAAGAGGCGGGUGGUAUGGAGGGGGUGGGUGGAGCGUGCAGGGGGGGGAGCGGGAGCGGUGCGCCCAUGGUGGUGGUGCUGGGGCAGCCGUCAGUGCACACCAACGCCAUGCACGCCACCUGCCAUACCCUGCCCCCAUUGCUAACAGCAAAGGAGGUGCAGCAGCUUUCAUUCCUGUCCCGAGACUUCACUUCAGAGGCAGCAGUUGCAGACGCCAAUGCAGCACACGCAACAGCAAUGGAUGCCAAAGCAGCAGCAUUCGGCAAUCCAGCAGCAGAUUCAGACCCAAUCUCACAUGACACGUCCGUUAUCAUUCCUGAUUACCUCCCUCCCCCCGCGUCUCCAUGGCCAGCAUCCUCCAUGCGCCCACGCACCUCUCUGCCUGUGCACCUGCUAGACAUCACCGGCCUCACCUCCACACGCCCCGACGCACACAAGUCCAAGUGGCACGGGGGGGACAGCAGCAGUGACGGCGAGCAGGGUGACUGCGUGCACUGGUGCCUGCCGGGCGUGCCAGACACCUGGAACGACCUGCUCUACGCGCACGUCGUGCGCACCGGCUGCUUCCCACGCACCGACCCUAGAUGA